AUGGCGUCGGAAAAGAAGCUCGUCAAUGUUGGUACGGGAGAGUAUACCACCGGCUUCGUGGGAGGUGGCGCGUCUGGAUCAGACAAGAAAGUUGGCGUUGUUGGUCUGACGCUGUUCGAUUUGCGACGUAGAGGCAAGGUUGGCAAGCUGAGCAUGGUGGGUACCAAUGGCACCAAGUUUCCUGCCAUCAGACAACAUCUCGAUACCAACAUUUCCAAAGUGUACAACAACCUAGACACCUCGUUCGACUCGUUCCCUGCCAAUGACGCCAAAGAUCCAGAUGCCUACAAGGCCGCUAUUGAUGCUCUGAGCCCUGGCGAUGCCAUUACAAUCUUCACGCCUGACACCACACACUACCCGAUCGCCUUGUAUGCCAUUGAGCGUGGCAUUCACGUGCUCAUCACCAAGCCCGCAGUCAAGACCCUCGAUCACCACCUGGCGCUCAUUGAGGCGGCCAGGAAGAAGAAUGUCUUUGUAUUCAUCGAGCACCACAAGCGAUUCGAUCCCGCUUAUGCCGAUGCCAGAUUCAAGGCCAAGAAGCUGGGCGACUUCAACUACUUUUACUCCUACAUGUCGCAACCGAAAUCACAGCUAGAGACAUUCAAGGCAUGGGCCGGUGUGGACUCGGACAUUUCCUACUACCUGAACAGCCAUCACGUUGAUAUCAACGAUUCAAUGGUCACCCAGCUGGGAUACGAGCCCGUCAAAGUAUCUGCUUCUGGUGCCAAGGGUAUCGCUACCAGCCUCGGCUGUGAUCCCAUCACUGAAGACACCAUCACUGUGCUUGUUACGUGGAAGAAGAAGGACGAUCCCUCCAAGAUUGCCACCGGUGUCUACACGGCAUCGUGGACGGCGCCUCAGAAAGCCGGCGUCCACAGCAACCAGUACUUUCACUACAUGGCCUCUGGUGGAGAGGUGAGAAUCAACCAAGCAAAGCGUGGCUACGAUGUCGCCGACGAUGAGGCUGGACAGCUGCAGUGGUUCAACCCCUUCUAUAUGAAGUACGCCCCCGAUGAGGAGGGAAACUUCAACGGCCAGACUGGCUAUGGCUACAUCUCGUUUGAAAAGUUUGUCGAUGCAGUGAAUGCCCUCAAUGCAGGAACUGUCACACUCGAUGAGUUGGAUGCACGUGGUCUGCCGACCCUAGCCAACACAAUAGCUACAACGGCUAUUCUCCAUGCUGGCCGCAUUGCCAUUGAUGAGGACCGGGAGGUCAAGAUUGAGAUCAAGGACGGCUCAUGGAAGCUCGUCUAG